AUGUCAGAGACUGAUAUUAAUCGCGAGACAUCUUUUAAUCAGGAAGUCUUCAAUCUAUCCCUUGCUCUAUCGCGGAAUCGCAUGAACGAUGCUACGGAGCUGCGCUGCAUGGCCUUGAAUGCCGAUGGAUCAGUCAAGCAUUCAGACCUUCGUGGCACCAAAGCCGAUGUCGCUAAGAGGUAUGGCCUGGAUAGUCGAGACCUGCGCAAUGUUGAUCUUGUCUCUGAAGGCAUCCCGCAUAUCUUGGUCCGUCCUUCUACCAUAUUCAUCAGCAUGUUUACUCUGAGGCUUCUUGUGAGAGCCGAUGGAGUGCUUCUGUUUCUUUUGCCGACCGAAGAUUCUGAUGUCAAGGUGCAAGAUGUCUUCUUGAAAGAUCUCCAGAGCAAGUUAAACCUUGAUCAUGGGUCUGGCUUUGCGACGAGGCUCCCAUAUGAGUUGCGCGUUGUGGAUGCUGCUUUGGCCUCUGUUAUUGCAACUCUUGAGGCGGAGCAUAUUUUGAUUAGGCGUGAGGUCAAAGAGAGCUUACGCGACCCAACAAAAGAUGAUCUUGUUCACUCUGUUCUACGUGGAUUACAGGACCACGGUAAGCGGCUGGUGGCUAUUGGACAACGUGCGCGACAAGUACGAUCCGCGCUACAAGAACUCCUCAGUAAUGAUGAAGACAUGGCCACCAUGUACCUGUCUGAUAACCAGUCCGGAGAAGAACAUGCUAUUGAAGACCACCAAGAGGUCGAAUAUCUUUUGGAGGCAUACCAUAAGAAUGCUGAUGCGAUCUCUGAGUCUGCUAGUGCACUGCUGGGGGAUGUGAAUCGAACAACAGACACUACCCAGUCGAUUCUGGACGUGCGCCGAAACCAGAUCAUGAUAUUCGAAGCUCAACUGGAGAUCUGCAUGCUCGGAUUCGCUGUGUCCACGUUCGUAGCGGGCUUGUUUGGUAUGAAUGUGAUCAAUUACCUCGAAGAGAGUACCUAUGCAUUUGCAGUUCUUGUUGGAGCGAGUGUCAUAGGCACUGGGCUCAUUUCAAGGUAUGGGAUGUGGAAGCUUAACAAAUACCGCCAGUUACGAUUUUGA